AUGCUUAGAAGAUUUGCCGUCGGUCAAAAACAGACAAUUUUGCGGCGCAAUUUAGCGACCGCAAGUGGCAAGGCUGCUCUUUCGGAUCUCGUAUCCAAAUAUCCCGUGGGCCUUUCUUUGCAUGGCUUCGCCAUCGAAGAUGUUCAGACUGUUCCUGAAUUUUCACUUGUGACAGUGCAAUUGAAACACACAAAGACCGGGCUGCAACAUUUGCAUUUGGCUUCGCCCACUGAUAACAAUAAUGUUUUCUCGGUUGCGUUCAAAACUAAUCCUCCAAAUGCAACCGGUAUUCCUCAUGUUCUCGAGCAUACCACCUUGUGUGGAUCUUACAAAUAUCCAGUGAGAGAUCCCUUUUUUAAGAUGCUCAAUAGAUCUUUGAGCAAUUUCAUGAAUGCAAUGACUGGCCAUGACUAUACAUACUAUCCUUUUGCCACCACGAAUAGGAAAGACUAUGACAACUUGAUGUCCGUCUACCUCUCAUCAGUGUACGAACCGCUAUUAACCUAUGAGGACUUUUCGCAAGAAGGCUGGCGCUUAGAGCAGGCUGAUAUGAACGAUAAGAACAGUCCGUUGGAGUUCAAGGGUGUUGUUUACAAUGAAAUGAAGGGUCAGUAUUCAAACUCAAGCUACCUAUACUACAUUAGAUUCCAAGAAGCCAUUUAUCCAGCCUUGAAAAACUCUGGAGGUGACCCUGCUAAGAUCACCGAUAUGCAAUACGAGGAUUUAAUCGACUUCCAUACCUACAAUUAUCAUCCUUCGAAUGCCAAAACCUUCUCCUACGGUACCUUUGAGGUCAAAGAUCACCUUGAGAAGUUGGACGAGUUUUAUGGGCUGUUCGGUCGCAGAUCUGCAAAUUUGGAUGUCAAAAAAUCUUUGUUUGAUUCUAAACUUGAUGAUAGCCACUUUCAUAUCGAAACAACUGGACCCAUUGACACAAUGUCUUCUAAGCCUUUGGAGGAGCAGUACAAGGCAUCGGUUACCUGGAAUUUGGGAAAUCCUCUUGACGCCUCAAAGCAAUAUGAAAUUUUCAAGUGGCGCGUGUUGAACUCUCUUCUAUUUGAUGGCCAUAAUGCACCAUUCUAUCAAGAGCUUAUCGAAACCGGAUUUGCUGAGGACUUCGCUCCAAACACUGGAUUUGACCAAACUUCGCAACUCAUGUCUUUUACUGUUGGUCUUUCUAAUAUUUCCCGUGAAAAGGUCGACAACUUAGAGAGCAAAAUCAAGGAUAUUUUGCAAAACAAGGUCUUGGUCGAGCUUCAAAAGGGCGAGGACAGUUCUUACAAUGAAAGAAUUCUCGCAAUUUUGCAUCAGUUAGAAUUGAGCUUCAAGAAACACAAGCCUGAUUUUGGCUUGAAUUUGCUUAACUCAAUCCUUCCGUCAUGGGUCAACGGAAUGAAUCCAGUCUCCCUUCUUCGUGUUCAAAGUAUUCUCGAUAGAUUCAAAGAGGAUUACGAGGAUUGUGGUUUAGAAAUUUUCGAGGAAUUGCUCCAAGACACUAUUUUAAAUGAAAGCACACGGAAAUUCAAAUUCACUAUGAAGCCAAACGAAAACUACAAUAGUGAAAUUCAAUCUAAGGAAGCUGAGAAGCUUCUGAGCCGAGUUGAGAACCUCGAUCAAGAAGAUAAAGAUCUCAUUUUCGCCCGUAGCAAAAAGCUUCUUGAGAAGCAGCAGUCAGAGGAAGAUGUAUCCCUGCUCCCCUCGUUAUCAAUCGAAGACAUUCCAAGAAAGGGUGAAGACCAUCCUGUCACAUUCAAAGAAAUCAAUCUGACAAGCGAGAUUCAAAAGCGCAUUACUAACACGAACGACUUGGUCUACAUGACUGCUACCAAGAACUUAUCUUUUCUUCCCGAAAAGUAUUAUAAGUACAUGCCCUUGUUUACAAGCUGCUUCACUAAUUUGGCUGGAACUUCGAAGACUUCCAUUAUUGAUCUUGAAAACAGGAUUCAAAGAAAAACUGGAGGCAUUAGCUUCAGUGUCUCAGUGAAGUCUGAUCCAUACAACAUAGCACAACCUAAUUUCAAGUUUAUUAUGUCUGGUAUGGCUCUUGGAAAAGAUUCUAAGGAAGUCUAUGAUUUGUGGCAUGAGAUAUUGACUGACACGAAAUUCUCUGACGAGGCUGAGGUGGUUGAUAAACUUAACACGCUCGUAAAAAAUCUUGCUCAGAAUCAGCUUAACUCUAUCGCUGAUAGAGGCCACUCGUUCGCUAACUCCUACAGUAGUUCACAACUCACUCCUACAAAGUACAUAAACAAUCUUCUUGGUGGAAUGGGUCAGGUACAGCUUGUGUCGGAACUCAAUAAAAAGCUCGAUGCAGGUGGUAAAGAGUAUUUGAAAGAUGAAUUGUUGCCUAUUUUGCGCGAAAUCCAUCAACUUUUGGUAGGCGGCUUUGCUGAAGGCUCGCUGACUGGAUUCCGUUACAGUCUUGUGUCUGACAAGAAGAACACUCGAACCAAUGAAAAACUAAUGGAGCAAUUUGAAGCGAAGGUAUCUCAAAAUUCUGUUGUGAAGCCAAAUGCUUUGGACGCUGCUUUUGCGGAAUUUAAGAGCCAUGGCUCGAAGAGCAUCUUGAAUUUUCCCUUUGCUGUCGGAUACGCAUCCUUGGCUAAACUUGGUGCACCUUACGCCAGCAAAGAUGGAGCUGCUUUACAAGUUUUAUCACAAAUCAUGACUUUCAAACACUUACACUCAGUGAUUAGAGAGUCAAAUGGAGCCUACGGUGGAGGGCUCAACUACGACGGUUUGGGUGGCACUUUGAACUUUUACUCUUAUAGAGAUCCCAACUCUCUUAAAUCUGUGUCUGCUUUCCUUAAAAGUGCUGAAUAUGCUCUGAACAAUCUUCUGAACGGAAAAUGGGAUUCCAAGGUUCUACAGGAAGCCAAAUUGGCUAUUUUCCAGAGUGUCGAUGCUCCAAGUCACGUAUCCACUCAAGGAUCUGCAUUAUUUUUAGAGGGAAUUACUGAUGAUUUGAGACAGCAAAGAAGAGAAAUGUUCUUGGAUGUUACCCUUGAAGAUCUCAAAGAUGUGAACCAAAAAUACCUUGAAAACAACACCAGUGAUGUGAUGACGAUACUUGGCGAUGCAUCGAACAUUGGCGCCGAUGAGAGUUGGAAUGUUAAAAUUUUCAAUUAA